GACAUCCUGUUUCCCACUAUUGGUGUAAAUGGUGUGCUGCAGCCAGGUGAGCCACUUUCCCAUGACAUGGUGCAGAAGUGGAUUAACAAAGCAGUAGUGGAGUCUGGGAUUCCUGGUACAUUCUCAACACAUUGUUACUGUUGGGGCAGGGCACAAUACAGAUUCAUGUUUGCCCCACUGGGGCAGCAAUGGACCCUCACAUGGGUCUGGUGGUGGGGAGGGUGGGCAGAAGGCAAGCAUGUGAGU